AUGUCCUUGCAAAGACAGUUCUUGAAAGAACCGUGGUUAGACGUAGGGGGAGGGGAAGAAGUAGAAAAGGAAGCUGAGAUGAUAUGGAUUCUUAAUAUCUAUCAAUAUGUUUAUCUUAUGGCCUCCUCAUCUAUCUAUCUAUCUAUCUAUCUAUUAUGGCCUCUUCAUAUCUAUCUAUCUAUCUAUCUAUCUAUCUAUCUCUUAUGGGCUCUUCAGAUCUAUCUAUCUAUCUAUCUAUCUAUCUAUCUCUUAUGGGCUCUUCAGAAUCAUCUAUCUAUCUAUCUAUCUAUCUAUCUAUUAUCUAUCUAUCUAUCUAUAUAUCUAUCUAUCUAUCUAUCUAUCUAUCUAUCUAUCUAUCUAUCUAUUUCUUAUGGGCUCUUCAGAUCUAUCUAUCUAUCUAUCUAUCUAUUAUGGCCUCUUCAUAUCUAUCUCUCUAUCUAUUUCUUAUGGGCUCUUCUGAUUAUCUAUCUAUCUAUCUAUCUAUCUCAUUCUCUUCAGUAUCUAUCUAUCUCUUAUAGUCUCUUCAUAUCUAUCUAUCUAUCUAUCUAUCUAUCUAUCUAUCUAUCUAUCUAUCUAUCUCAAGAAGAUCUAUCUAUCUAUCUCUUAUCUCAUAUCUAUCAUAUCUAUCUAUCUAUCUAUCUAUCUAUCUAUCUAUUUAUCUAUCUAUCUAUCUAUCUAUCUAUCUCUUAUGGGCUCUUCAGAUUCAUCUCUCAAUUUGUCUGUCUUAUGGACACUUCAUUUAUCUAUUUAUUGAUCUAUCUAUCUCAUUCUCUUCACUAUCUAUCUAUCUAUCUAUCUAUCUAUCUAUCUAUCUAUCUCAUUUCACUAGUAUCUAUCUCAUUUCUUCAUUUUCUAUCUAUCUAUCUAUCGAUCUAUCUGAUACUCUUCAAUAUCUAG